AAAUAGGGACCAGAAUAGACCUCCAAGGCGUUGCUCUCUCCACACUCUGGAUUUCUCCCUUCUUAACAUCAAAAUCACAAGAAUUUUAUAAACAUGUCGAACCCUAGAGUUUUCUUUGACAUCACCAUUGGGGGGAAACCCGCUGGCAGGAUCGAAAUGGAGCUCUUUGCAGAUGUGGUCCCGAAGACUGCAGAAAAUUUCCGUGCUUUGUGCACCGGAGAGAAGGGUUUCGGCUACAAGGGCUGCCCGUUUCACCGAAUCCUCAAUGACUUCAUGUGCCAGGGCGGUGACUUCACCAAACAGAACGGAACCGGAGGCAAAUCCAUCUACGGGGAGAAGUUUGCCGACGAGAACUUCGUGCGGAAGCACAUGGGACCUGGAACGCUGUCCAUGGCCAACGCUGGGAAAAACACCAACGGGUCCCAGUUCUUCAUCUGCACCGUCAAAACCUCAUGGCUGGACGGGAAGCACGUGGUGUUCGGAGAAGUUGUGAAGGGCAUGGAUGUUGUCAAAAAGAUGGAGGCGCAAAGUUCAGAGGGCGGAAAACCUAAAAGCCCGGUCGCCAUCGCCGACUGCGGUCAACUAAACUAGUGCAACGCAGCUCCUUUAAGUUCAGAUGUACCCGUUAUUAGCCACACCCCCUUUGAUCUGAGAGGUGAUGUGUAUCUGCAGCAUCCAUAGGAAAAACACACUCUCCUGUGUUCAUAUUCGUUUUGUCAUAUUUUCUACCUUCUAAUUUGGUCUUUGAGAACCACAUUUGUUAAAAAAGAAACUGAAUAAAAUGGUCUAAAUAAAGUAAUUUGAAAGUUGA